CGUAACUAAGAUGGCGGCCUCCGUGCGGCGCUGCGCCGUGGCCUGGCUGGUCCCCGCCGCGGGGCUGCUGGCGCUGCUGGCCGGCCCGGGGGCGCUGGGGAAGCGGAGUGAAGUGACGGUGCUGACGGACGGGACGUGGCGGCAGCUGCUGCAGGGCGAGUGGAUGAUUGAAUUUUAUGCUCCCUGGUGUCCUGCCUGUCAGAACCUGCAGCCUGAAUGGGAAAAGUUUGCUGAAUGGGGGGAAGAUCUUGAAAUUAACAUUGCAAAAGUGGAUGUCACAGAACAGCCAGGUCUGAGUGGGCGAUUUGUCAUAACAGCACUUCCCACUAUCUAUCAUUGUAAAGAUGGAGAGUUUAGGAGGUACCAGGGCCAAAGAACUAAAAACGACUUCAUAAAUUUCAUCAGUGACCAAGAAUGGAAGUCUGUUGAACCAGUUUCUUCUUGGUUUGGUCCUUGCUCUGUCCUGAUGAGCAGUAUGUCUGCUUUGUUUCAGUUGUCCAUGUGGAUCAGGAAUUGCCACAAUUAUUUUACAGAAAAAGUUGGUAUGCCAGUUUGGGGAUCAUAUGCUAUUUUUGCAUUGGCAACUCUGUUUUCAGGACUGAUACUUGGACUUAUCAUGGUAUUUUUAGCAGACUGUCUCUGUCCAUCCAAAAGGCACAGACCGCAGCAGCACCACUAUCAAAAAAAAUUAGCACCAGAAUCAGCCCGGCUCUUGAAAAAACUGGAUGAAGAACAAGAAGCAGAUGAGGAGGAUCUUUCAGAUGAUGAAGCAGAGGAUAAAGAGUUAGCAGACAGAAACUCUUCAACAAAUGCUGUAAGACAGCGUCCUGUGAACCUUGCUGCUGCCACAGAUAAAUCAUAGUUCCAUGUACUUGAGGGUUGAGAAACAAAAAGGGUGGAAUGUACCAGAACCUUCUGCUUGAAGAGAGGUGGAACUCGUAUCGCUGUAGUGUUCGCUCAUCACUUUCAGAGAAAGCUACCUUUAAAAAAGUCUCUGUGGCAUCAGGUAUUCAAAGCUGAAACUUGAUAUUGCAAAUGGCUAAACCCAAUACCAUAUGUGUGUGGAUUGGUGCUAAAAAAUAGUUUGUAUGGCUUUCUGAAUGACUCAUUCUGUGGUUGAGUUGUACAAAAUGCAAAACUGGUGUAUUUGCAGUAUUAGAGAAUAUUAGCAAGGAAAAUGCACUAACCUGUUUGUCUGCUAGAGCAUCUGAAAAGAUUUCUCAUUGUAAAUCUUUCCAGUUUCACUCUGAAGAAAUGCUGGAAAAAAUUCCUCAAGUUAUGGGACCUUAGCCCAAUUUUUGUGGUAAAAAUGUUCACUGUUCUGUUAGGCAUGACAUUGAGUGCUGCAAAAAAAAUUCUUUACACCAAUAAUGCAAACUAAGGGUAUCCUCUAAUAAAAAGUAAGGCGAUGAGACUAAUAUGGGACAUUGGAGUCUUAAAAACUGAAGAGUGGCUUGUUAAUGCCAGUCAUGCAUUGGCCUGAUAUUCAGCAUUGCCCUGUUAUGAAACUUGAGUCUUCCCUUCUAAUGUGGACCAUAUUACUCUUUCCCCUCUCUUUUUAACCAAUUUUCAUCCUCUGUGCAGUAGGUAAAUCUUAUAUAUCCCAGGCUGGAGGAAAAACUACAAAUAUGACUUAAAAAUAUGAUUUGAAGAAAUUUAAUUUCUUGGUGGCUUUUCUCCUUCUGAACUCUUGAGUGGAAAGGUAUUUUUCUACUCUUACAGUCAAAUAAAAAAAUGCUUCAUUUUUUUAUUUGAAUGUAUCCUAGAUAACUAAAGUAUACGAGCAUGUGUUAUAGGUGAAGAAAGCAGGCUGCCUGAUCUUCCACGCUCAAACAGAAAUAGCACACUCUCUUCUGUUAAACAUUUAGUGUGAAAAACCUCGAGUAAAAUAGUUACUCUUGCCAAGUCCUAAGUUGAGACAUUUCCAGAGUUUUGUGUUCAGAGCAUCUCAUUUUCUGCUGUUUUUUUGUGCAGAGGACAUUCAGCACUGUAUCCCGGCCUAGAGGCACAAGUUUUCUUUUCAAAUACCACAGGCCUUGUGGUUGCUUGCCUUCCAGGGCCACUAUAAUGAAGCUACUGUAUUUAUUUUCAUUUCUGCUUCAUUACAGCACGGAUAAGUCUAACCUUCUUAUUAAAACAAAUGGAAAGCUGGUUCUCAGGAGUUAAAGAAAUGAUUUCCAUAGGAAUGGUCAGUAAUGAUCUCUUUUCCAUGGUAGUAUGCACACUCCAUUCCCUGUGCUCUGAUCCAGUAAAGGGUUUGCCUGCUUCAUAUUAGUUUAAGGAACUGUUUGUUUCUUUAGUGAUAUCUCAUGGAAACAGAACUUUUAAUAAAACCUAAAAGAUAAUAUGCUAUAAAAAAAACUCUUAGAAAUAGUCCUAAGCAUUUUCUGUGACUAUUUAAAGCUUUUGUGGCUUUCAGUUAAGACAGUGAUGCUCCAUAUCAAUCUGUUGAAACGAGUAAUCUUGACUACAGUGUCUUCUGACUGCAUAGUCACCCUACUGUAGUCAAAGCUGAGAACAGCAAAGGCCAGUACCUAUAAUUAUUCAACUGCAAAAUGAAGGUCCCUCAUGUGCAUUGUGAAGCUAAUACGAAAUCCCUCUCUUGCAUUACACAGAAAUCUCUUGUCAGUUGCAUUGUCUCUUUUUAACAGGAGUAGAAGACUCUUAAAUGCCCCAAAGGAGAUACACAAGUUCUGAGCUUCUCAAUUAAACGUGUAAUUCUUCUACUCUGAAAACUGAUUUCAAAUGGCAUCUGGCAAUUCCCUGUCUGUCUCAAUGACUCCAGCUCAAACUGGCUUAGUUUACAAAUAGCGUUUUCUGCCUAAGUGCCAGUUCCAUCAGUUCAUCCUGCUGUAUGGAACUAAAGCUGUCAUGAUUCAACCGCAUCUUAUUAUGAGCAUGGUUGUGUGCCUAGUGUAUACUUCAAGGACCAUGUCACCCUGAAAUUUUUUUAAAAUUGACUAAUUUACAAAAAGUCCAGUUUCUUAGAGUGCCAUUUUAAAUGCUAUGCCCUGAAAUUAAUAUAUAUAUAUCUCCUUAUCCUUCUAAGGGUUUUUCUGUUUUUAUAUAUAAUAUAUAUAUAUGUUAAUACUGGAAUUACGUAUUAGCGAGCCAAAGAAAAUGAAGAUUUCUGUUGCUAACUUCUGAAGUGGUGUUUACAAGUGAAAGAUUGCUGUAUAUAGUAGGUGCAGCAUUUUCAAACAAAUGUGACUCAGUUCUUGCUGGUCCUCAUCGUAGUGAAUUUGCGGUGCUAGCAGAUAGAUUAAACAUCUUUGUCAUUUGCAAACAGUAAAUUUGGUCUGGAGAGGCUCCACUAAUGGAAAUACUGAUGCCAUUUUUAAUUUUUCACUGCAGAUUGGCACUUUGAAGCCAGAAAUGUUUUAACAAUAUUACUAAUUACUUCUAGCAGAAACCAACAGAGAACAAGUAGCUAUUAAUGAAUGUCCAAGGGAUGUGGAGUAGUUGCAUCAAAACAAACUUGCUCAGCAUUUGCAAAUAUUGCUGUUGAUUUAAUACAUUGAAAGUCAUAAGGGAGGGACAGCUUAAGUGUCUAAGUCAUGUCUUGAGAAGAUUUCUUGGCAAUAAAUAACACAAAAUAUGCAUUUGUGUGUCAGUUAGUCAGAUCUUUAAUCAACCUGCAUACUGUGAUUGGAAAACAUGAGUCAACUCACCAGAUAUAUUCUGCUGUCAAACAAAUCCUCCAGGGAAAUUCUCAGAUGUACAAGAAAAUGAUCAGCUAUAAAAUGUGUCCUAGUACUUCCUAUUAGUCUUUUUUGUUUAUCUUUGGUGCUGUUGGUUUGAUUUAUCCUAAGCAAAAAUAUUUUCCAUUCUGUGUUGGCACUUGUGCUGUUACCUUAGUAAAAGUGUAACUACAACAAUGUAAAUCAAUCUGUUUUGGUCAACUUUUUAGUUGAAUCUGUUCCUACAUUUUAAAAUAUCAAAAUUAGUGUAGUGUGUGAAAUGAAGUAUAUAUCCCAUAUAAUACACUUAGGAUGUUUUUGUGGGAAUUGCCUUAAAUGCUAUAGAGUCUAGAUCACUGUCUGUUAUCAGUAAAAUAAAGCAAUAAUGUAUGAUGUACUAGAAAGAAGCAGCACUUUAUUUGAUAAGUGGUACACUUCAUUCAGCAGUGAAACUUGCACUUAAUUUUGGAGAGGAUUUGAGAGAAGGCAAAGGAGGCGGAUAGAGCUGCAUGUUCUCAAUAUGGAAAAGUGCUUAUUCUAGAUUUGAAAUACAGUUUAACAUAGCCUUCUGUAUGUCUAAAUGUAGCUGCUGCUUACAGAUGCAGAUGUUAGUUUUAAACAACUACAUUUGUAUGAUAUAUAAAACAUAUUCUUGAUCUUUUUUUUUGGCCAAGUUACAGCUUUUAAGUGAAGAAAAUCAGUGUGUUUUCUUGUUAAAGUGACCACGCUCUAGUGUUUCUCUUGCCAGGGUAACACUUGCAUAACUUGUCUUUGAUUUUUCCCACCUUUCCGAACACAUUCCUGCUCUACAAGCAAAUGAUUGAACUAGUUCAAAAAUUGCCUCUCAGACAUAAGGGUAAUUUAUUCUGAGUUGUGUGAAUCCUGAUUUAGUGUCGCAGCGCUUGCAUUUGUGCUUAUUGUUGUUUGUGCAAAUGCUGUGUUUAGUGAUCAUAGGCCAGCGUCAUGUGCUUUUGCUCACCUUUGUAAAUCUUACUGUCCUACCUUCACAAUGCAAUGGUUUGUUCUGUGAACAUUUCUUCCUUUCAUCUGUACCGAAUUACUGCAUUCCCAAGAUUGUUUAUCGUGGCUUACUAGCCUCAGUUUGCAAUGUAACAAAGGUAUGUGAACAAGAACCUGUCCUUUAUAUCUGUUUGUGUUCAUAAUGUUUGAAUAUCAAUUUUAUAAAAGCCAGGCUACCCUUUUCAUUCUAUUUGGGAUUGAUUCCUGUUUUCUUAGUGAAUUUUGAACACACAUUUUGGGUUAGCUCCAUUUUCCAGUGUCAAAGCAAGGCUAAGCAGCCAUUGUCAGUGCAAAAUAACACUUACAUUGUAACAAUACAAUUAAUAAAAUA